AGAAGACAAGUGACAACAAUAACAGAUGUCUAAAAUGGAGGACGCUGUGUUUAUAGCAGCUUUGUUGAAUACACUUCCAGAACGGAACAAAAUUGCAAGACAUUUUUCAUAACUUGCACACGGCUGUGUCGUAAAAUAAAGACGACGAUUUCACUGUGUGCUUCAUUAGCCUGUUGUAUUUUCAGUGCUAGGUUAAGUAGCCAGCAGCGUGGAAUAGAGGUGCCAAUCUGCCAGCUAAUGUGAGCUACGACACAAAAUAAUAAGUAAUUAUACUUAAAUUCAGGUGUUACUUCACUUUGUCAUUUUGAAGCGGAUAAUCCGGACAUAACAGUUUGUUUUGCAGUGGCUAUGGAGGUGGAUGAGAUGGAGACGAGAAUGCCACAGGUCCAGGAGUCUAGGGAGAGGGUAGAAAACAGGAGAAAGACACAAUCUGAUGGAGAAAGAGAUGAUGAUGACAAUAUGUCUGGUUCCCCCUGUGAGUCUGUUCCCUCCACAAAUGAAACUCCCAGCAAGAAGACACAUUUGGAGGAGGGUUCUGACUUUCUCAGCAUAACAAAAAAAGCAGUGGUGGUCUUGACCAGACUCCCUGAAUAUAAGAUCAGCGCUCUGCGACCACCAACGCCUCAGCAGUUCUACAGCGAAGACGAAUCCCCCAGCAGCUCUGACUCUGAUAUGCAGUGGGAGCCAGAGGCUGAAAAUUCUUCACUUGACCUCUAUGAUGUGUCAGAACCAGCCCCUGUAAUAAUAUCAUCAGCCUUUUCCUAUUGCUCUGAUGAAACCACAAAAAUUCGUCCAAACUUGCCAGAGGAAGAAGUCAAAGUGGACAUGAUGGUCCUGGCGAAGAGGAGGCCCAUGAGAUGGCAACGGGGAAAAAUAGUGGAGAUUGUAACAAGAGAAGAUGGACGGUUGAAGUACAAAGUUAGUUUUGAAGAUAAGGGGAAGAGCCUUGUGUCUGGCCACCACAUCGCCUUUGAUACCACCCCAAAGCUGGAGCAGCUGUAUGUCGGCGCUCGUGUGGUGGUCGGGUGUCAAGAGGACAAGCUGCGGUUCCAGUCUGGUAUUUUGGCAGAGCUGCCCACCAGAAAGAACCGCUUAAGGUUCUUGGUCUUUCUGGAUGAUCACAUGCCGGUUUAUGUUGGUUUACCUUUACUUCACCUGGUGUGCAGACCAUUGGAAGAAUGUUUAGACGACAUUCCAGACAGCCGUCACAAAUCCUUCAUGAAUCAAUACUUGAAGGACUGGCCAUACCCACAUUUAACCCAGUACAAGGCUGGACAGAGCCUUAAUGCAGAAUUAAAUGGAGUCCAGCAGAGGUGUGAGGUGCAGGUGGUUGACAGCAGCUUGAUACAGGUCGUUUUUCAGGAAAAUCAACAUAAGGAGUGGAUCCAUCGAGGCUCCAUACGACUUGAACACAUGGCAAGAUUUUUGGAACUGAAAGGAGUUGAAGAGCAAAGUGAUGACUCUGACUAAAAGCCCACAGACAUUAAGAAAACAUACAUUUUCAGUAAUAUCCAUCAUUAUCACCCCAAAGGGAGUUACUGUUGAAUUGUUUUGGAAACAUUAUCUGAACAAUUUCAGGUCAAAAUAAGACUUGUAGUUAUGAGAUGACUCUUGUAGCUAUGAGAUUUCGUAAAUUAUGUUAUAAAGUAAUAAAGUUGUGCGUCAUUAUGCAUUGAGAACGCACUGAACAAUAGCAAUUUUUUUUUGUCCAGAAGUGUGAAUUGUGGCAGCAUUUGGCACGUUAAUAUUUUCAGCGUUUCCUCUUUUAUUUUUUUGAAAGUGUGACAGACCAAGCCAGAUUCAUCGACUUGAAUGAUGCAUUUAGUCCAGACCCAAUAAGAAUGAAAUCACCUAAUUUCAUCAAUCACAGAGAAGAUAAACAGUAACACCUAAAUCAUUCCAGUGUAUCACUUGGAUCUCUGAAUCCCACACUCCUUGCAGAUCCUGUAUUGUGUACUACCUUCAAAAUCUAUAUAAAGACUUUUUAUGAGACUAAUGGUGGAUCUGUAGUCUCAACAUUGGUAUUGUUCACUCUCAAAGCAUUUUUUAAGGAGGCGCAUUACUUCUAGCGAGGCAUUUAGAAAUGGAAGAAAUAAGAAGAAACUACAGAGUUUAGAAUAUAUAAGACAAAAAAAGUGACUAAGAAAGCAGGUGAAACCCUUCCAGAGAAUUAUACAGGAAGAUCCUGCUGUUAAAAUGUGAAUGUAAGAAAAUUCUUACCUCUUAAGAGAAGUCCUUUCUAUAUAUGAAACAAACAUUUCUGAAUUGUGGAGAUGCAAAGCAAUGACAAUAACAGUUGUAAUAAUAAUAACAGAACUAUGGCUUAAAAUAGAAUUGUAUAUGUAAAUAAUAAUAUUUUUAGAAUAAUAAUAUAUGACAAAGGAAAACAACAGUAGCACUGUGGGCUGGUCCAAGGUAAGCCUGAGCCAGUCCUAACUGUACUUUUAUCAAAGAGGAAAGUCUAACGCCUACUCUUAAACAUAGAGAGGAUGUCUGCCCUCCGGACUAACACUGGAAGAUGGUACAACAGGAGAGGAGCCAAUUUUACUUUUGGAGACUUUAGAAACCACGAUUAAGCCUGCAAUCUGGGAGCGCAGUGUUCUAGUAGGGUAAGAGGAUUCUUCUUUAAGAUAUGGCCGACCAUUCAGGGCUUUGUAGGUAAGGAGACAGAUUUUAAAUUAUAUUCUAGAUUUUACAGGGAGACAGUGCAAAGAGGCUAAUAUAGGAGAAAAAUGAUGCUGCUGGAGGCCAGGCAAUACCAUCCAGUGUGUAUCAUUGAAUAGUGAGUUUCUAAAGGUUUUAGGUCCAAGUACUAAACUUCAGUCUUGUCCAAGUUCAGUAGCAGAAAAUUGCAGGUCAUCCAGGUCUCUAUGCCCUACAUGCUGGCUUCAUUGAUAAAUAUAACUGGGUAUCAUCUGCACAGCAAUGAAAAUAUAUGGAGUGUUUUGUGAUAUAUUGCCUGAAGAUAGCAUAUACAAGGUGAAAAGAAUUGGUCCAAGCACAGAACCUUGUGGAACACCAUGGCUAACUAAGUAAUGUUUUUUGUAGUCUUUCGGGAUAUUAACUGGAAUAAGAAUAAUAAUCAGAUUGCUAGGGGAUGCACCCAUGCCACUUUUUUCAAAUGUACAAGUACUAAUAUUUGGGUACUUACUGUCUCAUCUCUUCUUUGGGCAAAAGUCUCUGAAGCAUGGACACUGCAGGAAUCACAUAACAGCUCCAGUCAUUUUGAACGCCUGUGGGUUGCCUCUUGUCAUUUUCUUCCACUUCUCAAGCCUUUGCUACAAAGUUGGCUGUUGCUGUUCCCCGCUGCUAGCAUGAUCAAACUCCUUGAACUCUGCAUUGUAUUUUGUCUUUAGAUAUUUUAAUUGUUUGUGUUAAAAGAGCUACUUUUCAUCCAUCUCCUUGACAACUCACCAGAGCUGAGUUUGCAGUCUGCUCUACUUUGUCAUUAUCGCUUAUUCUAAAAUAUCCCAACAACUUGGUGGACUCCGUGGAAGAGGACCCGCUCCCUCUGUAAAUAUAAAGAGCUCAUCGUAAGGUAAUGAAAACAUGAUUCUUAUUUUCAGAUGAUUUUACACUUAUGUAAACAUAAUUAUGAAUAUUCCAUUCUUUCAAUAGAUCACCCUAAAUCCUACACACUAGACCUUUAAUGCCGGACACUGUCUAAUCUAAAAUAGCACAAGGGUUGCUAUAGCACAUCUCCAAAUCUUACAUGGCUCCCCUGUGCGCCUUCUCUGCCAAAUCCAAGGAAGCCACUGACAUAUCCGGAUGUUCAGAAGCUGAUGUGCUGGUGCAACAUUUUAUCAUGUAAUUUCAUGAUUAGAUAAUUGAGCCUGAGCCACAAACUAUUUUUAAUACUUCUGAGACAUGAAACAACCUCACAUUGGCUCAUAGAUGACACAAGAAAAGAACUCAAGAAUUGCCUUAUGUCAGUUAAGAAAUGUUGAUGUUGUGGAAGGGUAAAAACAUUCCUAAUGUUAAAAUGUGGCUUGAUCUUGUCAAUACUCUUGAGAUGUAGAGAUCGAAGUGAGCGUUUGGAACAUAUUUGAUGCCAUCUAGCAACCUCUCGUUCAGUUCUUAGAGGAGAUGACAGAGUGACGCUAUUUACAGUUUUUUGUUUCCACACUAAAGUCUUUUGGUUCCUUUGAGUGUCUAGGUUGGGUGGUGCAGUUGGUUGGGGGUGGGUCAGUUUUUUUUUCUCUCUCUUUCCAUCUUCUACUGUUACUUUCCAAAUGUGUUUGCAUUUGUGUUGUACAGUCCCCAGAUUUCUUUAUAUUGCAUUUGUAUGUUCAUCAAUAACUUAUAUUUGUAUAGUCACUAAUGGAUGUGUGUACUGGACACCACUUGCAAUAAAAACAAAAAGCACUUGACCUGAACAUCAAAAUGCAUUUUUCUGUUUUUAUUGUUGCUCUUAUCCAUGGAUUGUUACUUAGUAACACACAUUAAACUCCUCAUGUACAAUAUCUUGCCCAGUGUUACAUUAAAUGGAG